GCCAGUCCCGCUCAGCGCCGCUCGGCUCCGCUCCUGCUCGGGCUCCGGCGGGGCUCCGGCGGGGCGCGGGCGGCGGCGGCGCAGCAUGGGCCGCGCUCAGGCGCUCGUGCUGGCGCUCACCUUCCAGCUCUGCGCGCCCGAGACCGAGACUCCGGCAGCUGGCUGCACCUUUGAGGAGGCGAGUGACCCAGCAGUGCCCUGCGAGUACAGCCAGGCCCAGUACGACGACUUCCAGUGGGAGCAAGUGCGGAUCCAGCCUGGGAGCCGCGCUCCUGCCGACCUGCCCCAUGGCUCCUACUUGAUGGUCAACGCUUCCCAGCAUGCCGCAGGCCAGCGGGCCCAUGUCAUCUUCCAGAGCCUGAGUGAGAACGACACCCACUGUGUGCAGUUCAGCUACUUCCUGUACAGCCGGGAUGGGCACAGCCCAGGCACUCUGGGCAUCUACGUGCGUGUGAAUGGGGGCCCUCUGGGCAGUGCCGUCUGGAAUAUGACUGGAUCCCACGGUCGCCAGUGGCACCAGGCUGAGCUGGCUGUCAGCACCUUCUGGCCUAACGAGUAUCAGGUGCUGUUUGAGGCCCUCAUCUCCCCAGACCGCAGGGGCUACAUGGGCCUCGAUGACAUCCUCCUCCUCAGCUACCCCUGCGCCAAAGCCCCCCAUUUCUCUCGCCUGGGCGACGUGGAGGUGAACGCGGGCCAGAACGCCUCGUUUCAGUGCAUGGCGGCGGGCAGGGCAGCAGAGGCAGAGCACUUUCUCCUGCAGCGGCAGAGUGGGGCACUGGUGCCUGCCGCCAGUGUGCGGCACAUCAGCCACCGGCGUUUCCUGGCCACCUUUCCACUGGCUGCUGUGGAUCGCACGGAGCAGGAUCUGUAUCGCUGCGUGUCCCAGGCCCCACGUGGCGCUGGUGUCUCCAACUUCGCUGAGCUCAUCGUUAAGGAGCCCCCCACCCCCAUCGCGCCCCCACAGCUGCUGCGCGCUGGUCCCACCUACCUCAUCAUCCAGCUCAACACUAACUCCAUCAUUGGCGACGGGCCCAUAGUGCGAAAGGAGAUUGAGUACCGAAUGUCCCGCGGCCCGUGGGCGGAGGUGCAUGCGGUCAACCUGCAGACCUACAAACUGUGGCACCUUGACCCCGACACCGAGUAUGAAAUCAGUGUGCUGCUCACACGUCCUGGUGAUGGAGGCACAGGUCGCCCCGGGCCACCCCUCAUCAGCCGCACCAAGUGUGCAGAGCCCAUGAGGGCCCCCAAAGGCCUAGCUUUCGCUGAGAUCCAGGCCCGCCAGCUGACGCUGCAGUGGGAACCCCUGGGCUACAACGUGACCCGGUGCCACACCUAUACUGUGUCCCUGUGCUACCACUACACCCUGGGUAACAGCCACAACCAGACCGUCCGGGAGUGCGUGCAGAUGGAGCGGGGGGUCAAUCGCCACACGAUCAGGAACCUGCUGCCCUACCGCAGCGUCCAUGUACGUCUCAUCCUCACUAACCCCGAGGGUCGCAAGGAAGGCAAGGAAGUCACCUUCCAGACGGACGAGGAUGUGCCUGGCGGGAUCUCAGCGGAGUCCCUCACCUUCACACCCCUGGAGGACAUGAUCUUCCUCAAGUGGGAGGAGCCCCAGGAGCCCAAUGGCCUUAUCACUCAGUAUGAGAUCAGCUACCAGAGCAUCGAGUCGUCAGACCCAGCUGUGAAUGUGCCGGGCCCUCGGCGGACCAUCUCCAAGCUCCGCAACGAGACCUACCACGUUUUCUCCAACCUGCACCCUGGCACCACGUACCUGUUCUCUGUGCGGGCUCGUACCGGCAAAGGCUUCGGCCAGGCAGCACUCACCGAGAUCACCACCAACAUCUCUGCCCCCAGCUUUGAUUAUGCUGACAUGCCGUCACCCCUGGGCGAGUCGGAGGACACCAUCACUGUGCUACUGAGGCCGGCACAGGGCCGCGGGGCCCCCAUCAGUGUGUACCAGGUGGUGGUGGAGGAGGAGCGGCCAAGGAGGCUGCGGCGGGAGCCGGGCGGCCAGGACUGCUUCCCGGUGCCACUGACCUUCGACGCGGCGCUGGCCCGGGGCCUCGUGCACUACUUCGGGGCCGAACUGGCGGCCAGCAGCCUGUCUGAGGCCAUGCCCUUCACUGUGGGGGACAACCAGACCUACCGAGGCUUCUGGAACCCACCGCUGGAGCCCAGGAAGGCCUAUCUCAUCUACUUCCAGGCAACAAGCCACCUGAAAGGGGAGACGAGGCUGAACUGCAUCCGCAUUGCCAGGAAAGCUGCCUGCAAGGAGAGCAAGAGGCCCUUGGAGGUGUCCCAGAGAUCGGAGGAGAUGGGGCUCAUCCUGGGCAUCUGUGCCGGGGGCCUUGCCGUCCUCAUCCUCCUCCUGGGUGCCAUUAUAAUCAUCAUUCGCAAGGGGAGGGACCACUAUGCCUACUCCUACUACCCGAAGCCAGUAAAUAUGACCAAGGCCACCGUCAACUACCGCCAGGAGAAGACACACAUGAUGAGUGCUGUGGACCGCAGCUUCACGGACCAGAGCACCCUGCAGGAGGAUGAGCGGCUGGGCCUCUCCUUCAUGGACACUCACGGCUAUAGCCCACGCGGUGACCAGCGCAGCGGUGGGGUCACUGAAGCCAGCAGCCUCCUAGGGGGCUCACCGAGGCGUCCCUGUGGCCGGAAGGGUUCCCCAUACCACACCGGGCAGCUGCACCCCGCCGUGCGUGUGGCCGACCUUCUACAGCACAUCAACCAGAUGAAGACGGCAGAGGGUUACGGCUUCAAGCAGGAGUACGAGAGCUUCUUUGAAGGCUGGGAUGCCACAAAGAAGAAGGACAAGCUCAAGGGCGGCCGGCAGGAGCCUGUCCCUGCCUACGAUCGGCACUGCGUGAAGCUGCACCCGAUGCUCGGAGCCCCCGAUGCCGACUACAUUAAUGCCAACUACAUAGAUAUUCGGAUAAACCGUGAAGGCUACCACAGGUCCAACCACUUCAUAGCCACUCAAGGGCCCAAGCCUGAGAUGGUCUACGACUUCUGGCGCAUGGUAUGGCAGGAGCACUGUCCCAGCAUUGUCAUGAUCACCAAGCUGGUCGAGGUGGGCAGGGUGAAGUGCUCACGGUACUGGCCUGAGGAUUCAGACAUGUACGGGGACAUCAAGAUCACGCUGCUGAAGACGGAGACGCUGGCCGAGUACGUGGUGCGCACCUUUGCGCUGGAGCGGAGAGGCUACUCCGCCAGGCACGAGGUGCGCCAGUUCCACUUCACGGCGUGGCCGGAGCACGGCGUGCCCUACCACGCCACGGGGCUGCUGGCCUUCAUCCGGCGUGUGAAGGCCUCCACCCCGCCCGAUGCGGGACCCAUUGUCAUCCACUGCAGUGCGGGCACGGGCCGAACAGGCUGCUACAUCGUCUUGGACGUGAUGCUGGACAUGGCCGAAUGUGAGGGCGUCGUGGACAUUUACAACUGUGUGAAGACCCUCUGCUCCCGGCGGGUCAACAUGAUACAGACAGAGGAGCAGUACAUCUUUAUCCACGAUGCAAUCCUGGAGGCCUGCCUGUGUGGUGAGACCACCAUCCCUGUCAGUGAAUUCAAGGCCACCUAUAAGGAGAUGAUCCGCAUUGAUCCUCAGAGUAAUUCCUCCCAGCUGCGGGAGGAAUUCCAGACGCUGAACUCAGUCACGCCACCGCUGGAUGUGGAGGAGUGCAGCAUUGCCCUGCUGCCGCGGAACCGGGACAAGAACCGCAGCAUGGAUGUGCUGCCGCCCGACCGCUGCCUGCCCUUCCUCGUUUCCACUGACGGUGACCCCAACAACUACAUCAACGCCGCGCUGACCGACAGCUACACCCGGAGCGCAGCCUUCAUCGUGACACUGCACCCACUGCAGAGCACCACGCCUGACUUCUGGCGCCUGGUCUACGACUACGGGUGCACGUCCAUCGUCAUGCUCAACCAGCUGCACCAGUCCAACUCGGCCUGGCCAUGCCCGCAGUACUGGCCAGAGCCAGGCCGGCAUCAGUACGGCCUUAUGGAGGUGGAGUUCGUGUCAGGCACGGCGGAUGAGGACUUGGUGGCCCGUGUGUUCCGGGUGCAGAAUAUCUCUCGGCUGCAGGAGGGCCACCUGCUGGUGCGGCACUUCCAGUUCCUGCGCUGGUCUGCGUACCGGGACACGCCGGACUCCAAGAAGGCCUUCCUGCACCUGCUGGCUGAGGUGGACAAGUGGCAGGCGGAGAGCGGGGACGGCCGCACCGUGGUGCACUGCCUAAACGGGGGCGGUCGCAGUGGCACCUUCUGCACCUGCGCCACCGUGCUCGAGAUGAUUCGCUGCCACAACCUGGUGGACGUUUUCUUUGCUGCCAAAAUGCUGCGGAAUUACAAGCCCAAUAUGGUGGAGACCCUGGAUCAGUACCACUUCUGCUAUGACGUGGCCCUGGAGUUCCUGGAGGGGCUGGAGUCCAGAUAGCGGGAGCCUGUGGCCUGGGGCACCCAACACGCUCAGGGCCAGGCCCACCAGCACUUCAGUUGAGGACAGCCUGUGUCCCACCCGAUUCACCAUGCCCCCACAGGGAGAGCCCUGGAGUGGGCCAGCUCUGUGCCCCUGCCACGGGGUGGGGGGCAGGCUGAGGGCUGAGAGAAAGCUUAGCCCUGCGUCCACUGGGUCCUGAAGAGGCCAGGCACUGCCCUGCGGUGUGGCUUGGGCUCAUACCUGCCGGUGCUGGGGGACCCGGUCUGGCACCUUCACUCCAUCCUGGCCUUGGCCCAGUUGAGGGCCAGGAGGAAGCUGCUUGCCAGCUCAGCUGCCUCCGGACGUAAGCAGAGAGGACAGUGGGGCUUGGUGUCCAGGAAUCCCAGCAGCCCAGCCCCUGGGGCUGUGAGGAAAUGGACUCUGCCCUGCUUUGCAGUGGGCACAGGAGAGUUCUGCCAGGGGGCCCAAAACCCCCUCUGUUCCUGCCGCCUUGCUGCCGUGGGCUCCCUGUGUCCCUCUCCGACUCCCUGCCAUGUGCUCUGGCUUCCUGCUGGGCCCUGCCCUGCCCUGCCCUGCCCUGCCCCAUGGGGCCACUUCCUGCGGAAUGGAAUCACCCCAGCCCCUUCUGCCUCUUGUUAUCUCCCCACUGGCCAGCCGCUCAGUCUGUGCAGGUGACAAUCUUCAAAUCUGAAUGACAGUCCCCGGGGUUGAGGUCCCUGGGGCUCCCGGGCGCACUGCCCACUGGGAGGCUCUGCUGGACAGGGGUGCUCACCACCUGUAGACUUGGGAGGAUGAGCGAUGCUUUUUUUUUGGGGUGGGGGAAGGAAUUUAUUUUUCAUUAUAUUUUGAUGGGUGAAUGGGAAGGUCUCUUUAAAAUGGGGCAGGCCACACCCCCAUUCCGUGCCUCAAUUUCCCCAUCUGUAAACUGUAGAUAUGACUACUGACCUACCUCGCAGGGGGCUGUGGGGAGGCGAACGCUGACGUUUGUAAAGUGCUUUGUAAAUAAAUGUGCUCUCUGAAUGCCA